AAAAAAUAUUCCAAAAAAAUGGCUAAAUUUUUUAAGUCAAUUUUUCAACGAACGUCGACGGCAUUGAAACUAAGCGAACCCAUGCAAAUGAGUUUGGUCGUUCGGAACGAUUUGAAAAUGUCGCCGGGAAAAAUUGCAGCACAAUGUGCCCAUGCGGCUGUUAUGUGCUAUGAAAAAGCCGCAAAAGCAAAACCGGAACAUCUAAAUGCAUGGAUCCAUCUUGGGCAACCGAAAAUUAUUUUACGUGUUUCGACGCAAGGGGAAAUUGAAUAUUUAGCCAAAAUCGCUAAUGAAAAACAAAUAGUGAAUGGUUUAGUACGUGAUGCAGGACGUACUGAAGUAUUGGCUGGCACAGUGACUGUUGUAGGUAUUGGACCAGAUACGAAAGCCAAAGUAGAUGAAGUAACGAAAAAGUUGAAGCUUCUAUAAGCGAGCAUUUUGUAAAUUCAGUCAAAUGAAGAAUAAAAGUAUAUUGUUUUAGAUGA